AUGCCGCCGCAGAGUAGAGGGUCGUCGCCCGAACAUGCCAAUGGGCAACGCCCUCACGCAAAAUCUGCCACCUUCCCACCAACUCUUCGGCCAUAUCUGGACAAUCUACCCUCCCCGUCGGUCCUGAUCCCGGAUCAGCGCACUCCGACUGGCCCACGAAUGAUAGUGCCCGACCGCGACGCCGCCACGCCUACCCCCACACUGCAACGGACGGCCAGGCGGCGCGCGGCCACCACAGGUUUCGAGCUGGGCGCAGAAGACGGGGACAGAACCGAGGACGAGGGGAUGCACCUAUCGGAACCCGACGAGGAUGCCUCUUUAGGCGAGGACGAUUUCGAGUCGCACUAUUCGCGACAAGAAUCAGAAGAGUCGGAUGGAGAGGGGUCUGAUGAAGAAGAAGCAGCAUCAGCAGAAGAGAUACAAGGCGAUCGAGACACCGAGGAAGACGAAGACAAGCCGCCGCAAAACGGCAAUGCCGCUCCAGGGGGAGGGGGAUACUAUCCAUCAUCCGCGGCCAGACCAGACGCACUUUCGCGCGUCCGGUCUCUUCCAGCACGCACUCGACGAUCUACGAGACGAACGAACGCCCAGAACCAAAAUCAUGGCGUCGGGCUGCAUACCUCGCAAUCGACGACCUCGCUCCCCCCUCCGCCGCCACCACCACUCUACCCGCCCUUCUACAACCGUCCACCCACCCCCCUGCCGCCCUCACCGAGCCUGACCUCGCUGCUCCGACCACCGUCCCUGCUCAACCGAUCCACGGCCUCCACGCGCCCGACCACGCCAGACAGCUCCGACGUCGAAACGCCGAACGACACGGAAGCUGCGGUCGCGCAUUCGGCCCGCCGCGCGCAUCCGCUUCCUCCCACAUCCCCCAAGGUGCCUACGUACGAGUACUACGGGUUCGUGCUCUACCUGGCCUCAUCGCUCGCCUUCUUGUUCUACAUUCUGUGGUCAUACCUGCCCUCUCCGUUCCUGCAUGCCCUGGGAAUCACUUACUAUCCGAACCGAUGGUGGUCUCUGGCCAUCCCGGCUUGGAUCGUGAUGCUGUUGGUGUAUAUCUACGUGGCCCUGCUCAGCUAUAACGUCGAAUACUUGACCCUCCCGUUGGACAGUCUGGAAUGCAUGGUCGACGAGGCGGCGAACGUCGCCAUCCUAGACGAGUCAGGCCGUGUCCGGAAAGGUGGCAGCAAGAAAUUGGUUCAGGAACUCGAGGAACGCGAAAGAUAUGAGACAGAGAUGGAAGUCGCUAGGUCGAAGGCCGGAAAGGCAAGGAGAUCCUCCAAAACCGGCGGAGUAUCGUACAAACCCAAAGAAAAGACAAAGACGCAGUCACGGCGGAGGUCGUCACAUACGAAACCGGCUGACUCUGUUCGCGCAGAGCUGCAGCAUGUUGCGGGAUGGGAAGCCCAGCAGUCGCAGUCGCAAUCGCAAUCGCAAACUCCCUUCUCGCACAACCAGCCCUCGACACAUUCGUACCAUGGCGCGACAUUCCCGUAUCUUUCCAGCGCGGACGCUCUUUUGCGGAACUCGCAGUUUGGUGCGCGGGGUCAAGCCGCCCUCUAUCCGAAUUGGGAACUCGUAUGGAAUGAAGGAACUGAUGCUGUCAUGGAUAUACCCAUUGGUGGAGUCUGUGAGGUUUUGUAUGGCUGA